CUGCCCGAAAAGCGUCUUAAAGGGCCCGCGCGCCGCCGCCCCCUCGGCCCGCCAUGCUGCUACCCGUGCCACUGCUGCUGGGCCUCUUAGGCCUGGCCAUCGCCGAGCCCACUGUGUACUUCAAGGAGCAGUUUCUGGACGGAGAUGGGUGGACUGAACGCUGGGUCGAAUCCAAACACAAGUCAGAUUUUGGCAAAUUCAUUCUCAAUUCGGGCAAGUUCUACGGUGACCUGGAGAAAGAUAAAGGCUUGCAGACGAGCCAGGAUGCUCGAUUCUAUGCCCUGUCGGCAAAAUUCGAGCCCUUCAGCAACAAGGACAAGACCUUGGUGGUGCAGUUUACAGUGAAACACGAGCAGAACAUUGACUGUGGGGGCGGCUACGUGAAGUUGUUUCCUAGUGGCUUGGACCAGACGGACAUGCAUGGAGACUCCGAAUACAACAUCAUGUUUGGCCCUGACAUCUGUGGCCCUGGCACCAAAAAGGUCCAUGUCAUUUUCAACUACAAGGGCAAGAAUGUGCUGAUCAACAAGGACAUCCGCUGCAAGGAUGAUGAAUUCACACACCUGUACACUCUGAUCGUGAGACCGGACAACACCUAUGAGGUGAAGAUAGACAACAGCCAGGUGGAGUCAGGCUCCUUGGAAGAUGAUUGGGACUUCCUGCCACCCAAGAAGAUAAAGGAUCCCGAUGCUUCCAAGCCUGAAGACUGGGAUGAGAGGGCCAAAAUCGAUGACCCCACAGACUCCAAGCCUGAGGACUGGGACAAGCCUGAGCAUAUUCCGGAUCCUGAUGCCAAGAAGCCUGAGGAUUGGGAUGAGGAGAUGGAUGGAGAGUGGGAACCACCCGUGAUUCAGAAUCCUGAGUACAAGGGCGAGUGGAAGCCCCGGCAGAUUGACAACCCAGAUUACAAGGGCAAAUGGAUCCACCCAGAGAUCGACAACCCCGAGUACUCCCCUGAUCCUAACAUCUACUCCUAUGACAGCUUUGCAGUGCUGGGCUUAGAUCUCUGGCAGGUCAAGUCUGGCACUAUCUUUGACAACUUUCUCAUCACUAACGACGAGGCUUACGCCGAGGAGUUUGGCAAUGAGACGUGGGGAGUCACAAAGGCUGCCGAAAAACUCAUGAAGGACAAGCAGGAUGAAGAGCAGAGGCUGAAGGAGGAGGAAGAGGACAAGAAGCGCAAGGAGGAAGAGGAGGCAGAGGACAAGGAGGAGGAGGAGGACAAAGACGAGGAGGAGGAGGAUGAAGAGGACAAAGAAGAGGAGGAGGAUGAAGAUGUGGCCCAGGCCAAGGACGAGCUGUAGAGGCCACGCCGCCUGCCUCCAGGGCUGGACUGAGGCCUGAGCGCUCCCGGCGCAAAGCCGGCAGCGCCAAAUAAUGUCUCUAUGAGACUAGAGAACU